UCCCAGCCCGAGCGGGAAGAAGUUCCGGAGCAAGCCGCAGCUGGCGCGGUACCUUGGGAAUUCCGUGGACCUGAGCAGCUUCGACUUCCGCACGGGGAAGAUGAUGCCCAGCAAGCUGCAGAAGAACAAGCAGAAGCUCCGCACCGAGGCUCUCAACCCCACCAAGGGCAAGCCAGACCUCAACACCAGCCUCCCCAUCCGCCAGACCGCCUCCAUCUUCAAGCAGCCCGUUACCAAGGUAACCAAUCACCCCGGCAACAAGGUGCGGGCGGACCCGCAGCGGGUGAUGGACCAGCCGCGCCAGCUGUUCUGGGAGAAGCGUCUCCAGGGUCUCAGCGCCUCCGACGUGAGCGAGGAGAUCAUCGGGGCCAUGGAGCUGCCCAAGGGGCUGCAAGGUGUGGGUCCGGGGAGCACGGCGGACGCGGUGCUGCCGGCGGUGGCCAGCGCCCUGCACACGAGCUCAGCGCCAAUCACGGGGCAGCUCUCGGCCGCCGUGGAGAAGAACCCGGCCGUGUGGUUGAACACGGCCCAGCCCCUCUGCAGGGCCUUCGUGGUCACGGACGACGACAUCAGGAAGCAGGAGGAGCGCGUGCAGCAGGUGAGGAAGAGGCUGGAGGAGGCGCUGAUGGCCGACAUCCUGUCCCGGGCAGCCGACACGGCGAGGGACGGGGACACGGAUGUGGGGCACGGAGGCGAAGCGUAG